AUGGCUGCCCAGGAUGAACUCAAUCAACUGGAACGUGUGUUCCUUCGCCUGGGCCAUGCAGAGACAGAUGAACAGCUACAGGACAUUAUCUCCAAGUUCCUGCCCCCUGUUCUCCUCAAGCUCUCCAGCGUUCAGGAAGGGGUGCGAAAGAAAGUAAUGGAGUUGUUGGUCCACCUGAACAAGAGGAUAAAAAGCCGACCGAAGAUUCAGCUGCCCGUAGAAACUUUGCUGGUGCAGUACCAAGACCCUGCAGCUGCCUCUUUCGUUACGAAUUUCACCAUCAUCUACAUUAAAAUGGGCUACCCUCGUCUGGAGGUCAUAAAACAGUGUGAGCUUGCCCCUACCCUUCUCACUGCCAUGGAAGGAAAGCCACAGCCACAGCAAGACAGCCUGAUGCACCUACUGAUCCCUACUCUUUACCAUAUAAAGUAUCCUACUGACUCCACCAAGAAUGCUUCUCUAUUUAACCUAACUGAGCGGCCAAAGACAGUGCACCUGCUGCUGGAGUUUAUGUUAGAUGUUUUGCUGAUGCCUUAUGGGUUUGUGCUGAAUGAAUCUCCAACUCGUCCUGCUCCCUCCUCCUCCCAGAGUGCUUCUGGAGAUGGGACAGUGGGUGGAAGUAGUCAGGGUCUCCCACAGCCUCCCCCAGGGAUGAGUGUGUAUGCUGCCAAGAGGGUGAUUGGAGAAGCCCAGUGGAACGCUGAGCAGCUGGAGCAGUGUAAGCUGGGCAUAGUGAAGUUCAUUGAGGCAAAGCAAGUCCCAGAAGUGGAAACGGUGGUGCACCUGGUGGUGGCGUCAAGCGACACUAGACACAGUGUGGCCACUGCAGCUGAUCUGGAGCUGAAGAGCAAACAAAGCAUCAUUGACUGGAACAAUCCUCUAAUUAUCAACAAGAUGUUCAAAGUGUAUUUGGGGGAUGUUCCUCUUAAAACAAAGGGGGGCAGUGUGAAGCAAGAGUUGAAACAUGAGCCAGUAAGCACAAGAGUUAAGCUGAAGAUCCUGCCACAUCUUCUACGCUCGCGUCUGGCUGCAGAGUGCUUUCCAGCUAAUAUCCAGGUUGUGUACGAUGGUCUGUUUGGGGCCAACACAAACAACAAACUGCUGUCUCUCACCUUACAGUUUGUCCAUCACAUCUGCAUGGUAUGCCCUGACACUAAUAAGCCUUUGGGACUAAUGUUGCUUAAUGGUCUUACCAAGCUCAUCAACGAAUACAAGGAGGAUCCUAAGUUACUAUGUGUUGCUUACUCUGCUGUUGGAAAGCUGUCAAGCCGUAUGCCACAGCUCUUCACAAAGGAUAUUGCGCUUGUGCAGCAGUUCUUUGAGUCCAUGUGUAAGGAGGAACCUGAUGUCCGUCUUGCCAUUCAGGAGGCUUUGUCUAUGAUGGUUGGAGCUUAUGCUAACCUCCAAGGAGCGCUGCUCAACCUAAUGGAGGCACUGGUGGCCGCAUACAUUGGAAAGCCGGAGGUGCAGGUUCGCCAGGUCGCCAUGAAGUUUGCCAGCACGGUCUUUGCUCCUGAUCAUGUGCCAUCAAGAUACCUACUGCUGCUGGCAGCUGGAGACCCAAGAGAAGAGGUGUCUGGGGAGGCCCAGAGGGUCCUGAGGACAUUUCAUACCAAGAGAUCAGAGAAGGAAGGACCAAAAUCUAUGCCCUCCUUUCCUGACAUGGUGGCUUAUGUCCAGGAGAAAGCCACACAGAGAAUCAAGACUCCAGCUAAGUACAUUGUGGGAACUUCCACAAUUCCUUUCAACCCAUCUGCAUUUGGCGAGAUCAUGCUCUACCUGAGGAUGUGUUUAGCCCACAGUGCUGGGGCCAUGUCCAUGUCCACACGCUUGUCAGACAUGCAGGAUGAUGCCCCUGCCAUUGGCCGCUAUGUCCACACACUGCUUUCUUCUGACCCUCAGCCCUCGGGGUCAAAGGGUUCUGAAGCAAAUCCUGUACAUGUCUACAUGGAUCUUCUGCAGCAGCUGCUUUCUGCUGUAGGAGGAAUCCCUGUUAUGUACUGUUUACUGGAAGUUGUGUCUGUAUGCCCGGAGAAACUGGCUCCCAGAUUUGCUGAUAAAAUCGACUGGAUUAAAAGUCUGAUGAACACAAACAAGGAGGACAUGAGGGAACUGGCAGCUCAACUGUAUGCUGUUGUGGUUUCCACUAUGACUGGCAACGAGUUGCAGAAGGCCGUGCAGAACCUCGUCAAAAUCACCAAAGACAACCAUAGCCCUGAAACUCAGCAUGGUGCCAUCUUGGCUCUUGGCUAUAUGGUGGGAAGGAACAUGAGCAGGAAGAAAGCUGCCACAGCUAUUGAUUCUACAGAAAACAUGGGGCAGCAGAUGAACAUCACUUCCCAGGAAGAUGAUGAACUUGCUUCCAUGGCCACAAAGACAAUUGGUUCCUUCCUGGAUAACAGCAGUGCAAUGCUGGCCAUAGCAGCCUGUACAGCUCUGGGGGAAAUUGGGCGUAAUGGCCUCCUGCUGAUCCCUGCAGAGGGUGAGGGCUUGACUAAACUCUCUGUUGUAGAAAACCUGCUGGCCCGCAUCCCCUCUGGCAAGGAGAGUACAAAGAUGAAAGAACGAGCCAUCGUGACCUUGGGUUACCUGCCAGUGGGAGAUGAAGACUUCCCUCAUCAGAAGAAGCUACUGCAGGGACUUAUGGAUUCUGUAGAGGCCAAGCAGGUGGAGCUGCAAUUCACAGUAGGAGAGGCCAUAACAAGUGCUGCAAUAGGGACCAGUUCUGGAGCUGCCAGAGACCCAUGGACCUGCACUGAGGACCAUUACACUCCACCACAGAAUGUAAAAAACAAUGAUGUGGUUCCUUGGGUCCUCAACGCCAUCCUGACCAAGUAUAUAACCAGCCAAAACCCCCACGUCAGGCAGGCAGCCUGCAUCUGGCUGCUCUCCCUUGUUAAGAAACUCAAUCAGCACAAGGAAAUUACGUCACAUUUGAAAGAGAUUCAGGGGGCAUUUAUCUCUGUUCUCUCAGACCCUGACGAGCUGAGUCAGGAUGUGGCAUCUAAAGGUCUUGGUCUAGUCUAUGAGAUGGGGGGAGAGGGUGACCAGCAGGAACUGGUGUCCACCCUUGUAGAAACGCUCAUGACUGGUAAAAGAGUGAAACAUGCAGUCUCAGGGGAUACAGAGGUGUUCCAAGGAGAAGGUUUGGGGAAAACACCUGAGGGUCAUGGUUUGUCCACAUACAAGGAGCUCUGUUCAUUGGCCAGUGACCUGAACCAACCAGAUCUUGUGUACAAAUUUAUGAACCUAGCCAAUCAUCAUGCCAUGUGGAACUCGCGCAAGGGAGCAGCUUUUGGUUUCCACAUUAUUGCAGCUAAGGCCGGAGAACAGCUGGCUCCAUUCCUGCCCCAGAUAAUUCCUCGUCUGUACCGCUACCAGUUUGAUCCCAACCUGAGCAUUCGCCAGGCCAUGACGAGCAUCUGGGAUGCCUUGGUCACUGAUAAGACCCUGGUGGACAAGUAUCUUAAGGAGAUCCUGCAGGAUGUAAUUUCUAAUUUGACCAAUAACACCUGGAGAGUGAGAGAGUCCAGCUGCCUGGCCUUAAAUGACCUGAUUCGAGGCCGUCAGGCCGAUGACCUUAUUGAUCACCUUGCAGAAAUGUGGGAGACCCUGUUUAGAGUCCUUGAUGACAUCAAGGAGUCUGUGAGGAAGGCUGCAGACCUAACACUGAAAACACUCAGUAAGGUGUGCACUCGUAUGUGCGAGUCUACAGGCUCUGGAGCCCAGAAAACUGUGGCAGUGAUUUUGCCUACCCUGCUGGAAAAAGGAAUCGUUAGCAAUGUUGCAGAGGUUCGCUCUCUCAGUAUCCAGACUCUGGUAAAGAUCAGUAAGACUGCCGGUGCCAGACUAAAGCCCCAUGCUUCCCGGUUAAUCCCAGCUCUUUUGGAGGCUCUCAGCACCCUGGAGCCUCAGGUCCUCAACUACCUCAGUCUCCGUGCCACAGAGCAGGAAAAGAGUGCCAUGGAUGCUGCCAGGCUGAGUGCUGCCAAGUCCUCUCCAAUGAUGGAGACUGUUAACAUGUGUCUGCAGCACCUGGAUGUUGCUGUUCUGGGAGAACUGGUUCCUAGACUCUGUGAGCUGCUUAAGAGUGGAGUAGGUUUGGGCACCAAGGGUGGCUGUGCUAGUGUAAUUGUUUCCCUCACAGUGCAGUGUCCCCAGGAUCUGACCCCACACUCAGGUAAACUGAUGAUUGCCCUGCUAAAUGGCAUCCAUGACAGAAGCACUGUAGUACAGAAGGCUUAUGCCUUUGCUUUGGGACACCUAGUCAGGACAGCAAAAGACAGCAGUGUAGAAAAACUACUACUGAAACUCAACACCUGGUACUUGGAGAAAGAGGAGCCUGUGUACAAGUCAUCGUGUGCACUGACAGUACAUGCCAUCAGCCACUACAGUCCAGAUGUGCUGAAAGGCCAUGCGGGAGUGGCCCUGCCACUGGCCUUCCUGGGAAUGCAUCAGGCACCAGGUCCCGAUGAGGAGAAAGGAGAGAGCCAUGAUGCCACACUGUGGAGUGAAGUGUGGCAGGAGAACGUUCCAGGAAGCUUUGGAGGCAUCAGACUCUAUAUGACCGAGCUGAUCGCCAUCACACAGAAAGCGCUGCAGUCCCAGUCCUGGAAGAUGAAGGCUCAGGGUGCAGCUGCUAUGGCAACUGUUGCCAAAGAACAGACAGGCUCACUGGUGGCACCACACCUUGGCUUGGUGCUGACAGCUUUAAUGCAGGGUCUGUCUGGACGCACAUGGGCUGGCAAGGAGGAGCUUUUGAAAGCCAUUGGAUCUGUAGUGUCUAAAUGCAGCGCGGAGCUACAGAAGCCUUGCAGCGGCCAACCAACCAUCUCUGAGGUGUUGGAGGUUGUGAUGAAGGAAUGCCGCAAGGAGAGUCUUGUGUACAAAAUGGCUGCUCUGCGUUGUGCUGGAGACGUACUCCACAGCAGCCAGGAGGACCAUUUCACCAACAUGGCAGGGAUCCUUUUCCCUCUAAUCAAGAAGAGCAGUCCAGAGAGUGGUGCUGCAUCCCCAAGGUCACUGGAGGAAGAUGAUGAUGAUGAUAAAGAUGUGAAGGAGAAAGCGCUGCAGACCGAAGCUCUUAUUUGUGCUUUUGAGACUCUGGGAAAGAGUUGGCCCACAAAGCCCGAGACUCAGACACGUUUCCAGAUGGAGGUGUGCAGCCUAAUGUGCGAGAAGCUCAAACUGAGCACUUGGAAAGUGCAGCUGGCUGUUCUACAUUCUAUGAAGGCAUACUUCCAGGGGUUACUGCUGCUAGAGAAGGGUAAUGAGGACCUGAAUUCAUUGUCACAGAUCCUCACAGAGACCUGUGCUGCUCUCACAUACCCUUUAGAAAAUAAGAGUUACUCCUCUGUGAGGACGGAGGCCUUAUCAGUUGUGGAUCUGAUCGUUAAGAGAACUGGAGAGAGUGAACAGUGGGAUUGUGUGUCUGUGAAGAGCCGGGAGCAGCUGCAGCGUUCCCUGUCGACGCUGCAGUCCGACAGCAGACCUGACCUGCGGGAUAAAGCCCAGGAGCUGCGCAGACACAUCCAAAGCCAACCUUGAGCGCACAGCAAGAAAAUACAGCAUCGACAUCUCAUUUUUCCUCCUUUAUCAGCAACACCAACCAUACAUUAAUGCACAUCUCCGACCUCUUUGAUACUUGGAGAUUCACAAUUUCUGUCAUUACAUUAAGUAUCCAUAUUACCUGUGAGCUGUGGUGCUGGCUUGUGCAAGACUCCCCUCCCCAAUUUAUGCAGACUGAUUCAUAUCUGUGGCUGGCAAAGCUUGAAGAGACUAACAAAACUUGCUCUACAUCUGCACUCAGCGAUGCGUUGAAGGGCGAGGCCGUCAUCAUAACGUGCUGAGAUUUAUUUGGUACGUUUAAAUGGACAGUGAGCUGAUAACAAAUGCUAUAUAAACCAGUGUGUUGGGUUUGUGGACGCUAUUCUUUUAGCCUCAAUUUGGGGAGUUUUACCACUGUUGGGGGCUUGUCUAAAAUUGGAAACUACAGCAGGCAGCACACUUUAGCCAACAGAGGGGUGAUUUCAGGGGUGUGGACACCCCAUCGCUGCUGAGUAGUGGUGAAAGGAUGGGAUUAUUGGAGAACUGCUGUGACCUAAAAAAAAAAUUAAGGCGUUAUUUGCCUGAUAAGUGAGUAAAAAGAUGUAAGGCUAUUUUGUUAAGUCUUGGAGAGAAGAAAAACCUGCUGUUAACUUCAAAGAUGCUAUAGUUGUUUGAAUUUGUCCCCAAAUAAAUAAAAUUCCCUUGAUUUGGA